AUGUCAACGUCGACCGAAUCCAGCGACCCAGCUUUCUCAGAGCUCCCAGGGGAAUCCCUCUGCAGUGCAUGCCCUCUUGCUUGCAGCUCCUGGCCUAUGAGUCGCCUCAUCAUGCACCAUGGGCGUGGGAGGAGCACUGCUGCAUGGGCUGCCAACGGAAAGGGUUCUCAGCAGCGCUCCCCUGAGCAUCCCCGGGGUGGUGGGUAUGGUGGGCAUGAUGGGUAUGAUUGGUAUGGUCCGGUAGGAGCAGCAGCAGGAGCAGGAGCAGCAGGAGCAGGAGCAGCAGCAGGGGCAGGAGCAGCAGGAGCUGGAAGGGAAGGAGCAGCAGGAGGAGCAGGAGCAAGGGCAGGAGCAAGGACAGGGGCAGCAGCAGCAGCAGCAGCAGCAGCAGCAGCAGCAGCAGCAGCAGCAGCAGCAGCAGCAGCAGCAGCAGCAGGAGCAGGAGCAGAAGUAGGAGCAGGAGGGGGAGCAGCAGGAGCAAUGGCAGGAGCGGGAGCAACAGGAGCAGGAGCAGCAGAACCAGCAGCAGCAGCAGCAGCAGCAGCAGUAGGAGCAGUAGGAGCAGGAGUGGGAGCAACAGGAGCAGGGGCAGGAGCAGCAGCAGGAACAUCAGCAGAAGCAGCAGCAAGGGCAAUACGGGCAAGGCUAUGGGCAUACGGCUGUCUGGUUUCCGGCGAUGCACUCUGGAUUGAGUGGGAGGUUGGUGAGCUGUCAUGCGCGGGGUGGGUGACAAUGGGCCGCCCUUCUUCCCCCGUGCGCCUCUUUGCCUGGGAUGACGUCAGCAUGUACCAGCUGUAG